UUCGCGUUCGUUGUCCGUACCGGUUCGGUUUGAUGCAGCUGCUGGUGUCCUAGAGUGAGUGCAGUGCAGUGGAGUGAAGCAUUCUUGCUGUGUUGUGGUUUGUUUCUAUUGUGCUGCUAGGGGCAAGAUCAUCUCGGCUUUUUUAUCGUGGGUAUCAAGUGAAAGUGCUGUUUUUUUGAGCGAUGAUAAGUGAUAGCAAGUGGUUGUAAAAGUGGUUCAGAUAGAUCCAAAGGCAAGUUCGCGGCCUAAGAAAUCAACGUGCGAUGUUCGGCACAGUGAUAGAACUGUAAGUUUGCGAGUGCUGAAUAAGUAAGGGCAACGCUUCUGCCAGUUGCUGUGGUAUCUAUGGAAACCAUUUGAAAGUUGUAAAACAACCGCAAAGCUGACAGUUUCAUUGAGUGUAAUCUGGUGUGCGGAUUAGCGUGCUGUGUCAACACCCAGGGGUCAUAAAAAAUUAACGAUCAUAAGAGCGAGGUGCUCCUUCCGUGUCUUCAUCGUCAGCUGGAUAUAAAUAAACAUCAAGGUACGUCGUCAUACUGAAGAACGGCAGUUCUUUUGCCGCGGACCCGCUAGGAGACAGGGUAGUUGUUUUGGCGUGUUCGAGGAGGAAAGAUGGCGCUGGAUGCGAAAGCAAUUAAGGAAGAAAUACCAGACAAGGACACAUAUGAGACCAGUUCUCGUAAAGUUAAAGGUAAGGAACAAUGUCGAACGCCAGACUCACCGGAAGGAGCCCGCGUCGUGGCGCCACGUUCACCGAUUUCGCCCCAGGUGACACAGCAUCACAGCACUUUGGUGCCCCAGCCGCCGAGAUCCGGCGGUACCGGUUCGACGCAAGUCAGCAAUCGCAACGGGAGUUCUUCGCCGCCGGGUGAAAUCCCUCCGACGCGGGUACUCAACGGAAGCGGAGGGGCUGGCAGCGGGGGUGGCGGUGGAGGUGGCAGCCUAGGAUCAAUCACGCCUCCACCAGCGAUUACUUCCGCAUCGGCUGUGGCAGCAGCAGCCGCCGCUGCCGCCCAGCAGGACACGACCAAGCUGCUGAAGAUAAGGCGCUUCCUCGGAGCACUGGUGCAGUUCGGACAGGAUACCAAUGUCGACAUCGGAGACCGAGUCCGGUCGCUGGUGCUGUCGUUGGCGAGUAAUGGCCUCACGGUGGAGGAGUUUCAGAUUGCCGUUCAGGAGGCCACUAAUUUUCCCCUGCGGUCCAAUGUUGUUCCCUUCCUCAAGUCACACGUUCCUGUUCUUCAACGCGAAAUAAACAUUCUUUCCAGAGCUAGCAAACAGACUCCUUCGCAGUACGUCAGAUCGAACGAAACCAGUGUGAUGGAAUACGUCCAGAAUCUCGCCGACACCGCCGAUAUCUUCCUAUCGCACGAAGGAUUUGGCUCCUCGACACCCAUUCCGACACCCGGAAUCAACGGGCUCAGCCUGAAACGGCGGGCCUCCGAUAACUUAUACGACACUCAUCCUACGGGGCCUCCCGAGUGGGGGGAUUAUAUACUGCCACCGACCAAACGUCCGCAUCCGUCGCUUCUGCUUGCAUCAGGGACGCCGCAGCUCUAUCCCACGUAUCCGGCACUGUUCGAGUACCAGAACGGAGGACUUCAUCCACAUUCCGAUGGUCUGCAUUCCAUUCACCGGGACGAACGAGAGCUGCGGGCACCCUCCAGUGAAGCUCACCGACCACCUAGGAUCCCUCCUGGUGGUGGCAGCGGUGGUGGUGGUGGUGGUAGUAGUUCUGGUGCGGGUGGUGGUAGUGGUGUCAGCGGUGGUAACGCCGGUGCCGGCAUGUCAGCCGGUAGCAUUGGCAGUAUUGGAGGAGGUUGCGUAGUCCCCGGCAGUGCUAUUGGGGGUGGAGGAGGUGGAUCUGCUGGUGGAGAAGAGGAGUGGAAAAACAUACACACCAUGCUGACCUGCAUUUCGGCAAUGGUCGAGAAGACUAAACGAGCAAUUUCGAUUCUUCAGCAGCGGGGUAUCGAAUCGCACGCCCGCGAUCACCAGGACACUUCGAUAGCGGACAUGAAACGCCAAACCGAGGACAAGAUUGCCGAGUUUCGGCGUAGUGCGGAAGAGUCUGUUAAUCAGGUCAAACGACAAGCCGUGAUUGAGAUUCAACGGGCGGUGGCAGCAGCAGAGGCUAGAACGAUUGAAAUGUUCGCCCAGGAAAGGUUAAAAAUGGAGAAAAUGUUUACCGAUAUUCACCGAGGAGGAUCGGAUCCGGAUCCGGACGGAUCGACCGGAGGAAGUCAGAACGUUAGUACUCUUGCUUGCUGGAACUGCGGUCGGAAGGCGAACGAAACAUGCUCCGGAUGCAAUCUGGCCAGGUAUUGUGGGUCCUUCUGUCAGCACAAGGAUUGGGACCAGCAUCAUCAGGUCUGUGGAACAUCUCGAGCGGAAAACGCCUUCCAGAAGCAUGCGGCCAGUGCCAGGGCUGCACUUUCCUCCCGUUCCACCACACCACAGCAGUCGCAAAGCAGCAAUAGUACAGCGAACGGAACGACGACCGCCGCAAAAUGACGGACUAAACCAUUGAAACCUAAGAAAAAGUAUCUAUGCUAGUCAAAUCAACACACAUACAUACACAAACCGCAGAGUUAAAAAUCGACGUAAACGAACCGCAUUUUUUGCUUUGUGGCAAAUACUAUUCUGCACCCGUAAGCCAGGCUAAUCAACCGAGCAUCCUAAUAGUUGUAAUUUUUGCAGUUCUAAGAUUAAACUAGCAGUAGUAAUUUAGUACAUUUGUUUUUUAAUUUUUAUUUCGUAUUACAAAUAGCUAAAACAUGACCUGUUUAUGUUUGGGCGUUCCCAAAACAGCAUAGUUGUAGAUUUUCGAAACAGUGCAAUACAUUUUAUAAAUAUUAAUAGAAUCAAACGUCAAUCGAUUGAUCAAACUAGUUGCAACGUAAGAAAUUCAAUUCAAAUAGGUAGUUGUAGGGUUGGAAUACCACAAAGAAAACUAGUUCUUUAGAAUGUUAGUCACAUUACUCCAAGAGCACCGUUAGCAGUCAGUAAGCUUUUAAUUUCAGUAGAAUGUUGUUCGACUAUCUGUUUUUGGACAUCCCUAGCCGGUCGGAAUAGGCAGCACGUGUUACCGAGCGCUCUGCGCAGAAUCCGGUUUGUUCCCCUAUGCGAAGAGCACGUGCUACUUUCUGUCGUAUCCGUUUUGAUUCACAGACUACAAUAGCCAACUUCACACUCAGUCAGUUAGUCAGUAGUUGUCUAAAGAGAAAUAUAAACCAACACGCACCCAUAAUUUCCUUUCAUCAACAUAGAAGUAGUUACGUAGAUUACUUUAGUAUUACGCACUAGGUACCAAAACACAUGCUGAAUCUUGCAAAGAACAUACACUCCUGAGGCUAUAACUUUAGACAGUGACUCCCAAAGAUUGACCGACCAAAAGUUCUGAACGAUGGUCAAACAAAGCACCGUCAGGAACCUUUCACACAAGUUUCAACCUUCUUGCCGUAUUUUGUAAGACAUCGAUGUACGAUCCACCUGUAGUUACUAUUGCCAGUUGUUAAAUUAUUUAUUGCCCCCUUAGUUGAUAUACAUACCUAGAUCUGAACGACAGGAGCUCUCCCAACAGAAACCAAUCUCGUUCGCAUCAUUCGAAUUUAUACAACUCAGUUGGAGAUCCGAGAUCACAGAAGCGUAAAUUUGUCAAGUAAAGAAAUAAACUUGCUUGUAUAUAUGAUUGAUGCGAGGUAUUCGAACAGUACAUCAGUAGCGCAGAAUUUCUUGGUUAAUGCUAAAACGAGAAGUAUGGCGCAAUUUUUUUUCACAUGGAUCAUCCCAUUUAUUGGGUUUCUUGUAAAUAGUACCUUAGGCUAUAAUAGCUAACAUCUGUCAAAUAUACCAGCGUCCAAAACAGCACAGUUUUACUCGAAUUUCCAACCAAAAAAUAACGCAGAGCUCUUCUUAACAUAAUGAAUCACGAAAAAAACAUACAAAAAUAAAAUCUCAUUUGUUUGUAAAACGGAA